CUCAAACUUGCCUUUCCACCGGAGCGGCUGGUGUGAGCAGAUACCAGAGUGAACACCACGUAGACCACAAGCUUAAAAACCCAUAAAGAUGCCCCCCAAAAAGCCAGAACCCCCGAAACAGCCUCCUUUAAUUGGACGAUUUGGAACCUCUCUGAAGAUUGGGAUUGUUGGAUUACCUAAUGUUGGGAAAUCCACUUUUUUCAAUGUGUUGACCAAAAGCCAAGCUGCAGCAGAAAACUUCCCUUUCUGCACAAUCGACCCCAAUGAGAGCAGGGUACCUGUGCCAGAUGAGCGCUUCGAUUACCUUUGCCAGUACCACAAACCAGCCAGUAAAGUUCCUGCAUUUCUGAAUGUUGUGGACAUUGCUGGUCUGGUGAAGGGAGCGCACUCAGGACAGGGUCUUGGAAACGCCUUUCUUUCUCACAUCAGUGCUUGUGACGGCAUCUUCCACAUGACCCGUGCAUUUGAUGAUGAGGAUAUAAUCCACGUGGAGGGCAAUGUGGACCCAGUCAGGGACAUUGAGAUCAUUCAUGAGGAGCUGCGACUAAAAGAUGAGGAGAUGAUCACUCCAAUCAUUGACAAACUGGAGAAAACUGCCGUUAGAGGAGGUGACAAAAAACUCAAACCUGAAUAUGAUAUCAUGCUGAAGGUGCAGAACUGGGUUGUAGAGGAGAAGAAACACAUCAGAUUUUACCACGACUGGAACGACAAAGAGAUUGAGGUGUUAAACAAAUACCUGUUUCUGACAUCCAAGCCCAUGAUCUACCUGGUGAACCUCUCAGAGAAGGAUUACAUCAGAAAGAAGAACAAGUGGUUGGCAAAAAUCAAAGAGUGGGUAGAUGCUCAUGACCCUGGCGCUUUGGUUAUCCCCUUGAGUGGAUCUAUAGAGUCUAAACUACUGGACAUGGAGGAGGAGGAGAGGGAUAAAUACUGCGAAGAACAGAAGACACAGAGUUCUCUGACCAAAAUAAUAAAGACUGGCUAUGCAGCACUACAGUUGGAGUACUUCUUCACAGCAGGACCAGAUGAAGUGCGAGCAUGGACCGUCAGGAAAGGGUCCAAAGCCCCCCAGGCUGCAGGAAAGAUCCACACUGACUUUGAGAAGGGCUUCAUCAUGGCCGAGGUGAUGAAGUUCAACGACUUCAAAGAGGAGGGCAGUGAGAGUGCAGUCAAGGCGGCUGGAAAAUACAGGCAACAGGGCAGGAACUACAUCGUGGAGGACGGGGACAUUAUCUUUUUCAAAUUCAACACACCCAAUGCCCCUAAAAAGAAACCUUGAAACACACAAUCAUCAGAGGGAGAGCUCAGAAUACAGUCUAGUUUGGCCUCAAAUAUUCACACUGUCUGCUGGUUUUCAUACAUUUGUCUGUAAUUUAGAGGACCAGCUCAUGACCUGUUUGGUAUUCACUCAGCUAUUAUCCCAGGUCUGGACCAGUCUGUUGAAGUUCUUCCAGAUAAAACAGUAUUCCAACACUAGCAAACAUUCCUACCUGCAGUUUUAAGCACAUCAUUUUUGUCAGACGUGUUUGGCUCCAGCUCUCAAGAAGGAGAAGGCAUACAUGCCUUGGGAAACAGCCAAUUUUAUUACUAAUAGCCAGAGAAGCCUGUAAUUUUGUUAUUGAUACUGAUACUGAUACUCCAUUUGUAUUCUAAUGAAGCAUUUUAUUUUCAAUCAGAGCAUGCUUUUACUCAAUGGUGAUAAAUGAGGCUGCAAUGCACAUAGAGGCUUAAGAUUUGUUGUGUUUUGCCAUUCAGAAAAUAUUUAAAUACUUAAAAUAUAACAGGUUGAACAUUUUUCACAAGUAUAAAAUUGAAUGAAACACUGGUAAAGGGGAGGUUCCUACUUAACCCCGGGGAAUUGUUGGCUUCUUUCUGCCCAUCAGUCGGCAGAGUUGACUUGUAGAGUUGAGUAGUGAGGAUUUAACUGGGUUUAAGGAGUUCUUCUUCAUCUUGUCCUUUCUGUAGAGCAAAGGCAACUUGUGUUUGCAUCAAAAAUGUCCUGUACAUGUGCCUAAUCAGCAUUAAUUCAGUAAAUCAUGGAUUUUUUUUAAAGAUCUUUACACCUCACUUUUUAUAUGUCUUUUCUCUAAUGCAGUAGUUCUCAACUGGUCUGGCCUCAGGACCCACCACCACCUUCUUAGUGAGAAAUCUUAACCCAAAAUUCAUUUAUUCAGUGAAAAAUGUUGCACUGAUGGAAAAAUCUGCUUUUUUUAUAGCCCAAAAUAACGAGGUAAAUUAGUAAAGAUCUUGGAAUGAACAACAAGUAGGAUUUACAAUAGAUUAAAAUGUAACACAGAUGAAGGAUUGUCCACAUUUUUUUCCAGGUACACCACAAGUCAAGAAACACUGCUCUGAUGUGACAAGUCAAACUUCUAAACAUUCAGUAAUGCUGUAAUAUAAUGCGUAACCUCGUGUUUACUUGUAUUUACCUGAAGAGAAAUGGAAAGCCAACACUUUGUGUAUCACUUAAGGCCAAACUUUACUGCAUUCUGAGGGUAAUAAUAUUUUAGAGAGAGCAAAGCAGGCGUCCCUGACAGUGCCUGAAGAGAGAAUGUUGUUGUCCACACUGCUUUUAUAGAUUUUUUCCAGGGCUGAUUAAAAAAAUCCAGAGUGAUCUGACACUUUCUGAGCUCCACCUUGCUUCAUCUUAAAUGGGCUACAGGAGGGCUCUCUAGAGCAUCCUGACUGCAGCUUCUUUCCACCCUCAUCUCUGCAUCCACAGUGUGACUUUCUUUAUUUUCAAGAGCACCAAACAAUCUUCUGCCAAACAUUUUUCCAAACUGUGGACUGAGCUUGAAAUCUUGUGCACUAAGGAAGCAAAAAUAUGAUAAAUGUCAUCCUCAUCAAUGUGCAUGUGUGAAUAAAAGGUAAUAAACCCA